AUGGCAAGAAAAUUAAAAGGUAAGAAUGUUUCAUCAAAAGGUUUAAAAGGUGCAUUAGCACGUCAUAAGUUUCAAGAUAAGAUUAAUGAAAAAUUAAAACAAAAUGCUGAACUUCAAAAAACAAAUCAAUUAUUAAAAUCAAAAUCAAUAAAGACAUCAAAAAAAUCAAAACAAAAUAAUCAGGUAGUGAAAAAGGGAUUUAUGCCAUUAAAACAAAAUGAUACAGUAUUACUAAUUGGAGAAGGUGAUUUUUCAUUUGCUAAAUCAUUAAUACUACAAGAAUAUAUCAAGGUUGAAAAUUUAAUUGCAACAAGUUAUGAUUCAUAUGAUGAACUUUUAAAAAAAUAUCCAAAAACAGCAAAAGAAAAUGUUGAAUUUUUACAAACAAGAGGAGUUAUUGUUAAAUUUAAUGUUGAUGCUACUAAUUUAAUUGAAACGUUGGAUCUCAACCUAAAUUCAAAACAGAAAAAAUUGAAACAACAAGUUCAAUUGUUUCAACAGUUGAGACCCCAAGAUGAAGAGAAAGAAAGAAACGAAGACGAAGAUGAAAACGAAGAAGAUGAAGAAGAAAACGAAGUCAGAACCACAUUAAAUUCCAACAAAUUCAAAGGACUCAAUUAUAUAAUGUUUAAUUUCCCACAUACUGGAAAAGGAAUCAAAGAUCAAGAAAGAAAUAUAAGAGAUCAUCAAAAUCUUUUGGUUAAAUUUUUCCAAAAUUGUAAUCAAUUAUUUGAACUAGUUAAUCAAAAAGAUACAAUCAAUAAUGAUUUUGCAGGGUAUGAAAAAGAAGAAGAAUCCGAGACAAAUUCAAAUGGUAAAAUAAUUCUUACUGUUUUUGAAGGUGAACCAUAUAAUUCAUGGGGUAUAAAAAUUAUAGCAAAAGAACAAAAUUUUAAAGUUGAACAAAGUGGUAAAUUUGAUUGGGAAAUGUUUCCUGAAUAUCAUCAUAAAAGAACUAAUAGUUCACAAGAUACUACUAAACCUGCAAAUGAAAGAGAUGCAAGAUUAUAUGUAUUUGAAAAAAGAGAAAAUUUUGACGAUGGAAGUGGGAAAAAGAGUAAAAAGAUCAAGGAAAAUGAGUCAGAUUCGGAAUAA